AUGUUGCCAGACAAACAAUAUCCCUUAGCACACGAUAUUGAAUUGAAAAAACAUCAAACAAAUCAAAUCCAACGCAACGACUUCCAUCAGCUGCCACAAAUCUCUGAAAUAUCUGACAAAUCUUUAAAUUCACCAAACAAUCGAAAUAUAUCACUUCAAAGUCUUUUGACAAAUCACCAAACACAAAAGAGGACAAACCCAACUACAGUGGCACAUCGACAACAACUGAACAUUGAAGUCAACGAUGACAGUGACGAAAUCGAUGGUGGCAGUAACAAUAAUUAUUGUAGUGAUAGUUUUCUUGUUAAAAAUAUGAGUAACGAAAGGACCACAAUAGCAUCACUGUCAAGCAGGACAACAUUAAAUGAGGAUGACAUUUAUACUAAGCAAUUCGAGGCAUUGACAAUAGGGUCUUCCAACAGCAACAUCACACCAUCAAAUGUUUGUCACCCUAAAGGCCAAGAGGCUAAUGAGGAGCCUAGUGGUUUUGAUGACGAUGCCAAUAACCAUUCGAACAUCUUUGACAAACGACAUCAAGUUAUGGCUGACGACAAUAUGGCUGAUGUGGCUUCACAACACAACAUCAACAACAGCAAUGAUGACAAACAAAAUCUUGACAAUACCGUAACACCACCAAUGAUGUUUGAAACCAACAACAAAACCGAUUGUAAAGAGUAUCACAAAGUUUUUAAUAAAACCAUUGACAGUGAUGAUGCUGCCGAGAAUAGCGGCAACAAUCACAAGACAACAGCAAAGACAGCUGUUGAACAGCGAUCUGAUGAAACGACUGAUGUUGCUGACAACUGUAAAGUUGACAAUGUUAAACACAAUGAAUGUCAUAAAACUUUUAGUUCUUGCUCGUCUUUAGAAUCUGCAGCAUUGGCGACGUUACGAUUGCAUGCCAUGCCAACAAAUCAAACAACACACAACAUGUCACUUCACAUCAAGCCAGAAGAAUAUGUUGCGAUUCCAACUUUGAUGACUGCUGCCACUUUUUCUUCUUCUGCAUCGUCAUUGGAACACUCCGAGAAGCAUAAAUUUCAAAGCCACGAAGCAAUGAAUCAGCCGACAUAUUCAUCUGUACCGUCACUGAGGCCGUCAUAUGAUUUCAUGCAACAAAGUUACCAACACCAUCAGCUCUAUCAGUAUCACCAUCCCCACCAGGAAGAGCAAUUUCGAAGUCACCAUCAACAUCUGCCUCAACAGCAACACAAGCAACGUUUCCAGCAUCAUAAUCAUCAUCAGCUAUCACAACAGCAGUAUACGGACAAUGUUUCCUUCUUCCCCAUCGCAUCACAUACUGCCUUACAGGAGAAUUAUGGUGUAUGUUCAACUGGUGCCGGUGUGGGAGAAUCGUCAACAACAACUUCAUUGACCAUAUG